CAACAUCUAGCGGCAUGCUUUUCACAACCAAAAACACGCACAUGCAAACCUUUUGCAUCUACCCCGCUUUUUCAGGAUAUUUAAAAAGAGAAGUUGAAAAAAUAUUUAAAAAUCCAAUCAUGACAGAGGUAUGAAAAAUGAGAGAGGGAUGAAUUUCAUUUGCUUCGCAGAAAGAGGGAGGUGAAUUUGAAAGUGUUGAAGGUUCCUGAAAUUGAACAGAAGGUAUUGGAUGCAACAGAUGAUGAAAUUUCGGGCCCUCAUGGCACUGAAUGGCUGAGAUAGCACAGGCUACCAAGAAAUUUUCUGAAUGUUCGAUUGCAAUGAAUGUUCUAUGGACAAGAUUGAAAGAGAUAGACAAGAACUGGCGUUAUGUCUACAAGGCACUGGUUGUUCUAGAGUAUUUGGUAGCACAUGGAUCUGAGCGUGCAGUGGAUGAUAUUGUAGAACAUACAUAUCAUAUUUCGUCUCUUACAAAGUUUGAGUAUGUUGAACCAAACGGGAAGGAUGUGGGAAUCAACGUGAGGAAGAAGGCUGAACACAUUGUGUCACUCUUAAAUGACAAGGACAGGAUACAGGAGGUUAGGGAUAAGGCUUCUGCAAAUCGUGAAAAUCAGGAUCUGCAUCCAUGAGUAGUGGCAGUAAAUAUGGAGGUUUUGG